UUUCCGGUGUCAUGUCAGCUCUGUGUGGCAACCACAUGGCUAGCUUCUGUUGCCGCGUUUAAAUCUAUAUUUCUCCAGUCUGGCGUUUUUGGCGAAGAGGUUUUGAUGCAACAGGACAUCGAGAGGGUGAGUUUCAGUCUCUUGGUGAAAAACAGUACCUUAGCACAGUCACAUACGUCAUCAGCUAGUGUCACAGAUGGCAGAAGUUGUACCAGAGAAAGGUCGUGGCUUGAAGUUUGCAGAGCAGCAACUCCUGCGUCAUGGCUGGGAACACGGUAAAGGACUGGGGCGAGCUGAGAAUGGCAUAUCAGAAGCUAUCAAGGUCAAAGUGAAGUGUGACAAAGGAGGGGUUGGCCACAAGGAAGGAGAGCAGUUCACCUUCCAUUGGUGGGAUCAUGUCUUCAAUAAAGCCUCUUCCAGUCUGCAGGUGGAGUCUGAUCAAAACGGUAUUAAGUUGAAGAAGACAGUGGAGGAAAAUGAAGAAGAUGGCAUGAUCUCCAACAAAAAGCCACGCAAGGCCGCACUGGCUAAAGCCAAACUUUAUGGAUGCUUUGUCAAGUCAGCCACGCUGCUGUCUGGUCAGGAGCAGCCAGAGCCAAAGUCUUCCCACUCAGAUGACAGCAGUAGCUCAGACGAGGAGGACGACGAGAGACUGGAUCUGUCCAGCACCACCAAGCUCUCUGAUGCCGAUCUAGUGAAAGCUUGCGGAGGGCGCACAGCUCACAAAGGAGCCAGACAUGGCUUGACCAUGAGUGCCAAGCUAGCCAGACUGGAGCAGCAGGAGGCUGAGUUCAUGGCUAAAUAUGGCAAGAAGAACCAACCAGCAAGUGCCUCUCAGGUUUGUGUUACACCAUCUCCACUGCCCAACAAGUCAUCGGACCAUAGGAUGGAGGGGCAGGAGCAGACAGCUGAGGACACUCAGAGUAAAAAGAUGAAAAAGAAAAGUUCCACUAGGAGCAUUAGCAAGUUAAAUGGUAAUGAAGUGUCUGAGAUUCCUGAAAUAGAUGUUAAACCCAAGAAGAAGAAAAAGAGAAAGAAAGGCAAUGAUGAAGCUCAGGAAAUAACCGAUGCAGUUUCUGCAGAGGGAGAUGUUAUGUGUGUAGAAAACAGUGAAGUGGACCAUUCACACAAAACAAAGAGGAAACAUAAAAAGAAGAAAGAUCGCUCAGAGCAGAAUAAAGACGAAAAAGCACCUUCACCUGCAGCAGAGAGCAAGAGUGUGGAGGAGUCAGCUGAGCUGCACGCCAACACUAAAGUGAAGAAGAAGCGGAAGAAAUCUUCCGAACACCACAGUGAGGAAGAGGAGAGUAACGAUACAGAGUCCAGCCAGUCAGAUCUGGUCCAGAGCGGAGCUUCAGUAAUCAAAAAGACAAAAGCUAGAGUGUUGUUGGAGGAAGCAGAAGUUACGGAGGAAGAAACAGCAGUGAAGCUAAAAAGGAAAAAAUGUAAAAAGGGCGAACUAUUUGUAGAUGACAGAUUAAAUGAGGAGGUGCUUCCCCCAAAGAAGAAGAAAAAGAAGAAGUCUAAAGACUCGUAUCUGAUUUAAAAAGAAUGGUCUGGAAAUUUAUUAACAGAUUUAUCUUGGCUGAUCGGGAAACUUGGCAUUACCUUAAAUCAGCUUUGUUGAAUUAUGUGCGAAACAUGAACUCUAUGGAGGCUGUUCUCUGAUUUGACUUAUCUGAGAAUUAGUUCAGGUGUUUUCCACUGAUUGGAGAAUAUUUUUAAUUAGUAACUCAGACCGGUAACAAGAUGACAUCCAGCGGUUGUAUUUAUAAUAGCCUGUUGCAGAUGUAUAGCUGACUGACAAAAUCAGGUCAGUUUGGUCCUUUAUUGGCUAUUGUUGCUGAUGCAGGCUUUUUAAGAUUGUUGGCUGUAUGAACAUGAAAUGUGUGCAGCUGAAUUAGUCAAUUCAUAUUUUAGUUUGAUGCUGUAAAUCUGCUGUAAAUUGUUUUGACGAGUCAGCACUUUCAGCUGACUGACAUCAGAAAUCAAGUAAGUGUUGUCGAUUGCGACAUGGAGCUCGUUAAAAGUUUCCCGUGUUGAGGAAAUUCUGAAUUUUGAAAAAUGAAUGACGUGAUAUGACAAGUGUUCUUGUGUGAUUCUUUCAGAUUUAUAAUUUUCAGAGUUCUAUUAUUCUCUUUAUGAAAAUGUCCAAGUUAUAUGCGAUACAAUAUCCCAGCAUACAGAAAAAAUGCUAUGAUAGGAUUUACAAAAAAAAGGAAGCAAAUUAGUUAUAUACACAACAAUAGUCUUAAUAACAAUACAUCUUAAAUUCCUGUACGUGGAGGGAACAACUAGUUAUUUGAAAUUUUUUUAUCCGUGUGACCAUGUAAAAAUGUUUGACCCACUUAAUUUAGUAUAAGAUGAGGGGCUUACAGAGAGGUAACAACAUAUUUGUGUUUUACAUAUUUGCAGACCAAGAGCAUUCUCUGGUUCUACUCUGAAAAUGUUUUUUUACACAGAGCUAUAAAGAUCGAACCCCUGAGACCAAAGUACGACCAAAGUACGUCCAAAGCAUGUGGGUCACAGCAGCAGGAGACAACCUACAUCUGCCACAAGAUUUGGAUAACUUGGACUUGGUUUAUCAAACACAAUAUAUAAUAUUGAAUUGCUUGAGUCAGUGUCUACUACAAUCCAAGAACUCCAAGUUUCCCACUGUGCUUUAAAGUACUGUAUCUUUAAAAUGACCAUUUGACUCAGUAGUGGAUCUGCAAGUCCAGAACAUUACAUACUUAGUUAACUGUAUUAAAGGAUGUUAACUGAAAUAUUUGGGGGCUUAUGUGGAUAGGUGUUGUACAGUUUUUGUGAUGAAACUUCACUCGUGUAAAAAUUGGAAGAAGUGACUGCUUCUUGUUGUUUAUAUUUUUUAUUUUAUUGUCAUUGUCGUUGUUCACAGGAUGCAAAAAUACAAAAUAUCAAUGCCAGA